CUUACAUUUGAAGGUUGUCAGUUUGCUAAAAGUAGUAAAGACAAGGACGAGAGACACGCGUUACAAGCAGCACGGCAUGCGCGCGCGCACUGUUGUCCUCCAUUACCAUUGGCAACUCCCCUUCCGUUGUUCCCCCGCGAACCUCUCCCCGCCACUCCCUCCGCUCCGUUCGCUCUCCUCCAUGGCCUCCAAGAACGGCUGCUCCUCCAACCCCUCCCCUCCCCUCCCAUUUCUUGAACCCAAUACACCCUCGCCUCCACGUUAGGAGGGAACCCAUCAGCCAAAGAGCCAUACCAUACCCACAGCGAUGUACCAGCACGAGAUACCAGCCAUGCGCCUCUCCCUCCUCCUCCUCGUGGCCGCCGCCCUCUCCGGCCACGCGGCGGCGCAGGUGGUGCCGCCACCAGUCGUGGGCGGCCAGCAGGUGCCAGCGCCGGUGGUGGGCGGCCCGCUGUCGCCGGAGUUCUACAGCCAGUCGUGCCCGCGCGCGGAGCGGAUCAUCGCGGAGGUGAUGCAGUCGAAGCAGAUGGCGAGCCCGACGACGGCGGCGGGCGUGCUCCGCGUCUUCUUCCACGACUGCUUCGUGAGCGGGUGCGACGCGUCGGUGCUCAUCGCGUCGACCCAGUUCGACAAGUCGGAGCACGACGCCGAGAUCAACCACUCCCUCCCCGGGGACGCCUUCGACGCCGUGGUCCGCGCCAAGCUGGCCCUGGAGCUCGAGUGCCCCGGCGUCGUCUCCUGCGCCGACAUCCUCGCGCUGGCGUCGCGCGUGCUCGUCACCAUGACCGGCGGGCCCCGGUACCCCAUCGCCCUGGGCCGCAAGGACUCGCUGUCGUCGUCGCCCACGGCGCCCGAAGUCGAGCUCCCGCACUCCAACUACACCGUCGAUCGCCUGAUCCAGCUCUUCGGCGCCAAGGGGUUCACGGUGCAGGAGCUCGUGGCGCUCUCCGGCGCCCACACGCUGGGCUUCUCCCACUGCAAGGAGUUCGCCGACAGGCUCUACAACUUCCGGGACAAGGGCGGCAAGCCGGAGGCCUUCGACCCGAGCAUGAACCCAUCCCUGGCCAAGGGGCUCCAGGCCGUGUGCAAGGACUACCUCAAGGACCCCACCAUCGCGGCGUUCAACGACAUCAUUACGCCCGGCAAGUUCGACAACAUGUACUUCGUCAACCUCGAGCGCGGCCUCGGCCUGCUCAGCACCGACGAGGAGCUCUUCACGGACCCGCGCACCAGGCCGCUCGUGCAGCUCUACGCCGCCAACUCCACCGUAUUCUUCGACGACUUCGGCCGCGCCAUGGAGAAGCUCAGCCUCUUCGGUGUCAAGACCGGCGCCGACGGCGAGGUCAGGCGGCGCUGCGACGCCUACAACCACGGGCCCAUGCCCAAGUGAUGCGCUGUCGGCCGAUCGAUCGACGACGGCCGGUCGACCUGUGCGACACGACGACCAUGCGUUGCGCGAGGACUCCGCGCCUUCUGCAGGGGUCACGAUGGUGUUACGAUUAAUUUGCGCGGAAAUGUGUUGUGUUUCCUGCUCAAGUAAUUUAAUCCCUUGAACAAAAUGACUCUGAAGUGUUGCUAGUAUGAAUUUCUUGCUUCCUUCCUUUAA